GGUCGUGUUUUCUAUACAGGUUCAAGAAUAUUACAUAAUGCGGCGUAUUACUAGCUUAAAAUGAAUAUUGUGACUUUUUCUAAUUCAAUAUAUUUAAUCUCAUCUCAAAGGGUCACAAACUGUGCACAUACACUUUGUUGUAAUUGUCACAAGAGCAAUGACGGACAAUGACGAGCAACUACAAACAAACACUUACAUUUGGAGUCAAAGCAGAGAUCAAGUAACAAUUACAUUUCUUGUUCCCGACUCUUCCAAGGCCAAAGAUUUGGAGAUCAAAAUUGAGAGAUACUAUGUCAAGGCAGGACUAAAAGGACAAGAGCCUGUCUUUCAAGCCAAGUUAUAUCAACCCAUUAAUCACUUUGAAUCACUAUGGCAGUUGGAAAAGAAUUCCAUGUCACCAUUUUCUUCUUUGACAGCUUCACCCAGUCUGUCUAUUGCUUCUUCUUAUGCAUUCAUGUCUUCACCUAAUCAUUCACCCAAUUCAUCCAUGAUCUUGCCUGAGGCAGUGGAUACAGGACUAUCAGAAAUGUCAGACUUGAUUGCACAGACAGGUGCCUUGGGCUCUUCACCUCCUAUGUCUGAAGCUGAAGCGUCGCAGCCUGCUUCACCUGUCUUAUUGCAUACGCCACCUUCUGUGUCGACCCCACCUCAUUUACAAAAAACAAAGUAUAGAGUCUUGACUAUUCACUUGGAGAAGGAGGAUGAUACAAUAGAGUGGGUUGUGCCUGUUUCAGGUCCACAUCAUGAGUCAAAUACUCUUGAUAUUACAUCAUCUUAUUUGCUAGCUCAAUGGUUUGAAGUGCGUAUGGGUGAUCUUGUGAAAGCACUCAGUUAUUAUCUAUCGGCAGCUGAAAGGGGUCAUACGGCUUCAAUGCUCAAGGUUGCAGGAUUAUAUGAGAUAAAUAAAGAGACAACAGUUGCAAAGACAGUGCCCGAGAAAGAUAGCAAGAAAGCAUUCGAAUGGUACAAGAAGGCUGCUGAUUGUGUUGAAAAGGAGCUUGGAACAAAUAUCAGUAAUGGACCCGAUCCUUUUGCAUGUUAUGUUGUUGGAACAACCUAUGGAAGCGGUUUACCCGAGGCAGAUAUCGAAAAGGAUUACCAAAGUGCUCUUUAUUAUUAUAACCGUUGUAUGACAAUCACAGCGCCUAGAAUUGAUGUCGAUUUUUCAGUACUAGAUCAAGAUCACAUUCCCAGGUCCAAGUUACGCAAUCACGCACCUCACACGCGUGAUGAAAAAUAUUUCUGUAGCUCAGCAUUUCAAACAGGCUUAAUUUACUUGUAUGGAUCUCAUCCAGAGGGACAGUCAAUUCAUUCUACUACCGUAGUAGAUCCUAACCCUGAUUUGGCUAUUCGCUACUGGAAGGAAGCUGCUCUGCUUGGUCAUGCACAGGCAUGCUAUAACAUUGGUAUAUUGUAUGCUAAUGGUAUGGGCGUUGAACGCGAUGUUUGGACAGCCGGCAAAUGGUUUGGUAGAGCUAUUAAACUAGACACUACCAAUACAUUAGUUGUUCCUGAAGGGGUAAAGAUCAUUGAUUGGGAUGCUACAAAGGAAGAGAAAAAAGAAAAAGAUGCUGUUGAUGCAAGUGAAAAGAAGAAAAAGAAGAGAGCCAAAAGAGCAAAGAGAUCGAGUAGCGGCAAGAAUAAUGACGAUGUUAUUGGUGCUAUUGUGGCAUUAGGUGCUAUAGCCGCAGUUGCCGGCGUGGCAUGGUUUUUGUACACAAGAGGGAAAAAGGGUCAAUAAAGAAAAAAAAUAUGAUUCAUCUUUGCUGCUUUCUUUACUCUUCCCCAGGCUGUAGACAAGAAUUACGGAUUCGAUGCCAAUAAAGGCGAAUGAUCCGAAAAAGACGGUCCUCUUUAAAAUAAGAGCAGGCACAUGACCUUGACUAUUGACGUUAUUCUAUUUUAGAGUUUAUGCCUAAUGAUAAAAAUUAGAGUGGCAUUACAGCAUCUGAGAGAGAAUUGUUUUAUGCAAGCAUAUAUUAUUUGCCUCGUUUCCUUUUUCUUUAGACUUAUUUGCUCAAGAAAGCAUAUUUUUAUAAACAGAUUUUAAUGCUUCUGUGUCAUUUCCAAAAAGAAAUAUACGUAUGAUCAAUGAUCAAACACGACAGCCCCCGGAAAUGACUGCGGCCGUUCUGUUCAAAAGAUUAAAAGCAUGAGAUAGGAGGGAGGACAUACAAGUAUCAUAUCGUG